AUGGAUAGCAGUCAAGAUUUCCAAGAAGAGAGGCAUCAGAGAAGGGAGAAUGGUGAAGAGACAGAAAAGGCAGCUGAUUAUGGAAAUGCUUUGAGUCGCAAGGAGGCAACAGAAGAGCUCCUUGGUUGUGUAGUCCAUAGUGAGGAAGAGGCAUACAGAUUGUACUGUGACUAUGGCCAUCGAAUCGGUUUUAGUGUGCGGAAGGGCAAGCAGUCGUACUUUAUUGGUACCAAGAAUAUUCGAACAAAGGACUACUACUGCUCAAAGGAAGGGCUUAAGUAUGAUGAGCCUGUUACAGAAGCAAAUUUCAAUCGACCAGACACAAGAACUAAUUGCAAAGCAAUGAUCCGCUUUAGAGUUGACGAGAAGGGGCGAUGGACCGUUAUACGCUUUGUUCCUGUGCAUAAUCACCAAUUGGCUAAACCUGGGGAAAGGCACAUGCUGAGGUCAGCCAAGUCGCUAGCUGUUGGCAAAUCAGGUGUCAUAGUUCCAUCAGCAUCUACAGAAUCACAUCCUAUAAAUGGUUUCUCUGACAUGAUUGAAGGUUGUACACCUGAGAAUUCAGGGUAUACUAUAAGGGAGUGUUACAAUCAAGUGGGCAUGCAGGGUAUAACAGUAAUUGAGGCAGGAGACGGCCAAAACCUUGUCAGUUAUUUCAAGCGUAGAACCAACGAGGAAGGCAUGUUCUAUUGGGAUGUCCAAGUUGAUCAAGAAGGGCGCAUGACUAACUUCUUCUACAGAGAUGGUAAAUGUAGAAAUGAUUAUGACUGCUUUGGGGAUGCUAUUUGA